AUGCUGACCUCCUUCUCCAGCACUUUAACGACGUGCGCCGCACUGCGGGGUUCAAUGUCAACCCUGACUUAUGCAUGUCGCUCCUCACAACUGGAUUUAUUGUUUAGUUCUUUUGCGAGAUCAUCGUUGUCACGAUCUGCUGCAUUUGCCAAUCGAUUCAAUGCCCGCAGACCAAUAAGUUCUUUAUCGCUAACCCAAAAGCAAGGCGGCUAUCUGAAUCGUUGUGUUUAUAACAAUACUGGUGCUACCUUUGCAAAGAGAGGAUUUGCUUCUACCAGUUCAACGAUGGUGCGGUUUCUUCUUGACUUUUCCCGUGACCGGACUUUUAGAACGGAAACCGAUGCCUUUGGCGAAAUCCAGGUUCCCGCGGAUAAAUACUGGGGCGCACAAACACAACGGUCUCUGACCAACUUCGAUAUCAACCAGCCACAAGACCGGAUGCCGCCACCCAUUGUGCGAGCUUUCGGGAUCCUUAAGGGUGCCGCUGCGACUGUGAACAUGAGAUAUGGACUUGAUCCUACCAUAGGCAAAGCUAUCCAGCAAGCCGCUGCAGAAGUCGCGUCGCUCAAACUCAUCGACCACUUCCCACUAGUUGUCUGGCAAACCGGCUCCGGAACCCAAUCCAACAUGAACAGCAACGAAGUCAUCUCGAACCGCGCCAUCGAGAUCCUGGGUGGUACCAUGGGCACGAAGAAACCGGUCCACCCGAAUGACCAUGUCAACAUGUCCGCCUCGUCCAACGACUCCUUCCCCACCGUCAUGCACAUUGCAGCCGUGCUGGAACUUGAGGAAUCGCUGCUCCCAUCCCUCACCAGCCUCCGCAAUGCUCUUCAAGCAAAGGUCGAGCAGUUCCAGAAAAUCAUCAAAAUUGGCCGAACACACUUGCAGGAUGCCACCCCUCUCACCCUAGGCCAGGAAUUCUCUGGCUACGUCGCGCAGCUGGACCGUGGCAUUGAGCGCGUCCAAAAUACACUCCCGCACCUCCGCUAUCUCGCGCAGGGCGGUACAGCCGUUGGCACAGGCCUUAACACCUUCAAGGGCUUCGACGUUGCCAUCGCAGAAGAAAUCAGCAAGAUGACCGGUACCGAAUUCAAGACAGCCCCGAACAAGUUUGAGGUUCUCGCGGCGCACGAUGCUGUCGUCGAGGCGUCAGGAUCCCUCAACACUCUCGCCUGCUCCCUCUUCAAGAUCGCGCAGGACAUCCGCUACCUUGGCUCUGGACCCCGCUGUGGUCUGGGUGAACUCAUCCUGCCCGAAAAUGAGCCUGGUUCUUCCAUCAUGCCUGGUAAAGUUAACCCGACGCAGUGCGAGGCGUUGACGAUGAUCUGCGCACAGGUGAUGGGGAAUCAUGUUGCGGCUACGGUGGGGGGGAUGAAUGGGCAGUUUGAGUUGAAUGUCUAUAAGCCGCUUAUGAUUCGCAAUCUCUUGCAUAGCAUCUGCAUCUUGAGCGAUGGCAUGCGAUCGUUUGGGAAAAAUUUGGUUGAUGGGAUUCAGGCUGAUGAGAAGAGAAUCUCUGCUUUGUUGCAUGAAAGCUUGAUGCUUGUCACCUGUUUGAACCCGGUGAUUGGAUACGACAUGGCUUCUAAGGUUGCUAAGAAUGCGCACAAGAAGGGAUUGACCCUGAAGCAGAGCGCGAUGGAACUAAAGGCCCUUACCGAGGAGCAAUUUGACGCCCAUGUCCGUCCGGAGCUGAUGAUUAGCCCCAAGGAAAAGAAAUAG